GUUGAACCUUCCGCGCAUCCUGCCCGCUAUGACGCAUUGCUCUACAUGUACAACAGCACAAGAGGCGUCGACAAGCCGUGCACUUGUCAGUAGUGUCUCAUGACGACGACUCCCGCGUCUACGUGUAGAAUGAAGAACAGAAAACUGAAGACUUUCCUUUCGAUUCGGACGUCGAACGAGUCGUUUCACGCCUGUUUUCCUGAAGCGGAGGAAACGGAAGAAGUAGUAGCGGCAUUCAAUUGUGCACAUUCGAAAGACAUACUUCACCAAGGCAAGCUGUAUGUCACCCCGAGUCAUUUUUAUUUUCAUUCAAAUAUUUUUGGCUUUGAGGAGAAGAUUACAAUUGACUGUCACAAGAUAACGUCUAUUACCAGAGAGAAGGCUGCCUUGUUUUUUCCAACUGCUAUUUUGGUUAGAUGUGAGGAAACGAAGUAUUUGUUUGCUUCAUUUAUGAGUCGAGAGCAAGUGUACAGGCUGAUGUUUAGAGUGUGGCAGAGUGUCUUGUUAGGAAAUCCUCUAAGUGCAGAAGAAUUGAGUCAAUCAAAGAAGUUCGGUUACCGACGUCUCGAGCGAGAGGUAACCCAAGUUAACGACAACAGCGGUGAAGACGUAGAACUCACUCGAAGCCAAAGCACAGAUGAUCCAGGGAUCUUUGCCGAAUCAGCUCCAACACACACAGAAACACGCCACAGAAGGACAAAAAGCGACGGCCACUCAAUAUCGUCAUCUCAGAGUUUCGACGAUAAUUUCCACACAAGGCCUGUAAUAUCUCCUCUCCAACCUCGAAUUCGUGUAAGCACAAGUGCAUUGUCAGACGGUGAGCGAACGCCCAAACUCUUUACUAACCCACCACGACUAUCACAAUCUCUAAGUCCCGACAAACUACGAGUGAGUUUUGACGUUCGGCAAAGCAGCGAUGCUGAUUCUACGAGUGGCAUGACACCAUUUUCUGAUGCGGAAGAAAGCAGGACAGAUUUGUCUACCGAUCAAGAGGAGAUCGUGUCUCCGGUCACCAGUCAACGUAAAGAAGACAAACCGAAGAAAAAGAAAGGAAAGUUUACAAAGUUUUUCCACUUUCGUUUACCUCACAAAGAGAUUGUGAGUCACAAAGGAUCACACUCUCAUGUCGAAUCGGCUCUCAACAUUGCACUUUCGUCUGCAGUUUCUGCUGCUCCGUGUGCGUUGCCCAAGAAAAGGCGUUCAUCAUUUCAACACUCGUCAACUUUACAAGCAACCGACAGCAAUGAAGUACAAGAGCAGGCAGAAUCGCAAGAGAGUAAGACAUACAGUGCGGAAGAACAGUCGGGUGGGGAAACGAGUUUUCAAGCAAGAUUGAAACGAAUUCCACUGCAGAUUAAACAUAGAGUGUCAGGUGUUUUACAAUUUUUGAUGACGAAGCUGCAGUCGUCGUUGUUUGCUUCACUUUUGAUGAUUGUCACCAUUGUGUUGUAUGUCAAUUGUAUCAAACAAUGUGUUUACUGGGAUAUCAUUAUUGUGUGUAGUGUCAUCUUGGUGUGUUGUUCUACUGCUCUAUUGGCUUGUCAGAUGACGAGGUUUGAUCCCGUUCUUGCAUCUGUGUACCCUCUUAGGGAGCUUUGCUCAUCUAAUGACUUACAUAACCGCAGAUCGUCCAGUGUGGCAAACGUAGAAGAGAUGACAGUAGACAAGCUAACCGCUCGUCUCAAAUCUUUCUCAGUUCAGCCCGAAUCCCAUCUACCUACAAACGACGCACCAGAAACAGGAGCAUCGUCAACCAAACCAACAGCAUCAAUGAAGUCAGUACACACUCGAGAUUAACUUAACAAAUUAGAUUAACUAAAUCGAUCAAAAUUAUUGCUGAAGUAGAGAUUUAUCGCUCACUGCUGUAUAUAACCCAAUGAACGUUACCCUGUACAUACAUACGUAUAUACACACAAAAAUGCGGUGACACAAAAUUUAUUGUACAUGCAGAAAACGAUUUCUAUUUCGUAGUUGCUUUCAGGACAAUCAGUUUUAUCAUAAACAAUAAAUUUCAAUGUUAAUAUCAA